GAUUAGAAGUGAUGGCCCCGGAGAUUGAAUUGACUAUCGUCACCUCCUCAUCUCCCUCGCCACCAACCCAUUACCCACACCACCCACCACCAGCCACCCACCAUUCCUUUCUCGGAAUGCUCCAAAUUACCCUCUCCUUCUUCAACCCCUUCCUCUAACAAUUUCCGAUUCUCUUCCCCUUCAUCACUCGCGCCAGAUCCAUUCAAUUCAAUGCAAGACCAAUCCUCUUCUUCAUCCAAGACCGCAGAUUUGGAUGCUCCUCUUCACGCUAUUGGCUUCGAGAUUCAAGACCUGUCGCCCCACCGCGUGGCCGGCCGUCUCCCUGUCACCCAUAAAUGCUGCCAGCCUUUCAAGGUGUUACAUGGAGGGGUUUCCGCCAUGAUCGCCGAGGGUCUGGCAAGCAUGGGAGCUCACAUGGCUUCUGGUUUUAAGAGGGUGGCCGGAGUUCAGCUCAGCAUCAAUCAUCUCAGGCGUGCCGAGCUCGGUGACUUGGUCCAUGCCGAAGCCACCCCUCUUCAUGUUGGCAAGAGCAUUCAGGUGUGGGAGGUGAGAAUCUGGAAGAUAGAUCCUUCAAACUCUCAAAAUAGAUCCUUGGUAUCAUCGUCCAGGGUAACUCUUCUAAGCAACAUGCCAGUCCCGGAUCACGCAAAAGAUGCUGACAAAGCACUCAAGAAGUAUGCAAAACUGUGAAUAUUUAUAUGGUUUGAUUCGUAAGUGCAAUUCUUCUGUAACCUGAAUUGCAUUAAGUCAAAAAACAAAAACAAAAAAUUCCUACAAUGCACAACAUUAUCAUAUCGUGUUUCUUGUAUUGUCGUAUAUAUGAACAAGGAAAAAUCUUGCAACUGCUUAAGGUUCAGGAGAAGCAUGGAAACUGAUCUAACUGCGAAAAGCAACACUUUUACACGAGCAGCUUUUCUUAGCAUUUUGCAAUUGCAGCAUCAAACUAGUUCACUUGUUGCUUCGCUUUUGACUGAACCAGAUGAACGAACAGUCCUGACAACCAGCCAGCAGUUCCCGGAGGAUGUAGAGUUUUAUUUUUUAUUUUUUAAUUUUUGGUAGGCUGGUGUUAAAGGAAAUAUUGUGGCUAUGUUGAGAAUUAGGAUACUGGUUCUUUCUUCCGAGA